CCCAGCGCUGCAAUCAAGCCUUGCAAGAUAUUAAAAUUUCAGGAAAGAUAACUAAUACAACUAUGGCAGAUAGGCUGACACAGCUUCAGGACACUGUUAAUCAACAAGCCGAGCACUUCUGCAAUGCUAUUGGUGUAAUUCAACAAACGUCCUACCCCAGCAAGUUUGCAAAUUUUGACAGGACGGGCUCGCAGACACCCAUACAAAACCCGCCGCAGGAGGAUUAUGCACAGCUUUUCGCACAACUAAUAGCUCGAUGUGCUAAGGAUAUCGAUACUUUGAUUGAGUCAUUGCCCAAUGAAGACAGUUCUAUUGAACUACAAAAUUCCAGCCUUAAGCGGCUAGAGAUUGAAAACCAGGAAACUGCAGAGCAACUUGAACAUGUCGUUCAAAAAGGAGAACUGCUGCUAGAAAAAAUCCAACUUGCACUGGGAGACAUAGCCCAAGCACAAUUGGACAUGCAAAUAACGUUAAAAACUAGUUUGCAAUAAAUCGCUAACAUUUCAUCUUAAA